GUUCAUCCGGAUGCUCUGAGGUUUGACGUGCAGCAUGUUUAGAGGAAGUUAGAAAAAAACAAAGAAAGAAAGAAGCACAAGCGUCACAAUCAUGAUGUCUCUGUGUGUGUUCAGACCUGUGCUUCUCACUCUGACUCUUCUGCUCUGCUCAGAAUCAGCAGCAGCUCGACAUGAGUUUGUGGAAGAGGGGGAACAUAUUAUUUUGCCCUGUAACGAUGUAAAAGAUGAACAAAGAGAAUGUGAUGGAACCACAUGGACUUUAAAAAACAAACAACUUAUUACAAAUGGAAAGAUCAGCUCCAAUCUCCCACAGACUCUGUCAAAUCGACUCAGAGUGACACAGAAGUGUGGUCUGCAGAUUCAAAAUGUCCAUCCUCAGGAUGCUGGACGCUACGAACAAUACGACCAAUCAGAACGUGGCCUGUCUGAGGCUCGUGUGUAUCUGUCUGUGGUCUCAUUGACUAAAGAGGAACAUGAGGAGAACACUGAGUUCAGAUGUCAAGUGUCUCCUGCUCUCUCUGGUGUCAAAACAGAAUGGCUCUUCAACGGCCGAAACGUCAAUAUUGAAAAAUUAAACACAACAGACCUUCAAAAUGGCAUCACUGUUCCAGUUCCAAAAUCACAUCGCGUUUACAAACUCACGGAUCGGCUCACAUGUAAAGUGUCUCAUCAACUGGACAAGAAGGAGUUUUCUUUCAGAUCCAACAAACCAGUGAAGACCAUAACGAAAACUACAACAACCCAGGCAAAGAACGAAGAAAAAGACACCAGAGAAACUCCAGGUUGGCUGUGGGCAGUGGUAGCGGCUGUAGUUGGAGUACUUCUGCUUGUGCUUGUCACUGUGGUGGUCGUAGUCACAUGUAGGAGAUGCAGAGAGAAGCGUGCAGGCACCAGAAGAGACCCCUCUGCUGAACUUGAAGAAGUAGUGGCCUACACCACUGUCAGCCACAGUACGAACAACCAAAGAACUGAGAUCAAUCAGAGUGAGGUGACCUACAGCUUAGUGGGGAACACCGCUGUGGAGAACCAUGUUCACCUCUACGCCACUGUUGACAAUUUGACAACUACCAAGCCAACAAUCGAUCCAACAACCGACCAACAACCAACCCAACCCAACAACCAACCAACAACCAACCCAACAACCAACCAAUGACUAACCCAACAACCAACCAAUGACUAACCCAAUAACCAACUAACAACUAACCCAACAACCAACCCAAGACUAACCCAACAACCAACCCAACAACCGACCCAACAACCAACCCACAACCAACCAACAACUAACCCAACAACUGACCAACAACCAACCCAACAACCAACCAAACAACCAACAACUAACCCAACAACUGACCAACAACCAACCCAACAACCAAGCAAUGACUAACCCAAUAACCAACCAAUGACUAACCCAACAACCAACCCAACAACUGACCCAACAACCAACCAAUGACUAACUCAACAACCAACCCACAACCAAACCAACAACCAAACAAUGACUAACCCAACAACCAACCCACAACCAACCAACAACUAACCCAACAACUGACCAACAACCAACCAAUGACUAACCCAAUAACCAACCAACAACUAACCCAACAACCAACUAAUGACUAAUCCAACAACCAACCCAACAACUGACCCAACAACCAACCAAUGACUAACCCAACAACCAACCCACAACCAACCAACAACCAACCAACAACCAACCAACAACCAACCCACAACCAAUGACUAACCCAACAACCAACCCACAACCAACCAACAACCAACCAACAACCAUCCAACAACCAACCCACAACCAACCAAUGACUAACCAACAACUAAAGCAACAACCAAUCCCAACAACCGACCCAAUAACCCAUCAACCAACCGACUCAACACCCCAACAUCUGACCCAACAACUGACCCACCCAAAAAAAAUACACCAAAAUCAAACAAACCCAUCUAUAUUCUUCUGUUUCUCUGGAGCUGAGUUGCACAGGCAGCAGUCUGAGCAGAUAUGCCGUGUUCCCUCUCCACACACACUUCCUCCUAGCUCUUCCAGUAGGAUCCUUGGAUGACACUAGUUCAGUUGGUAGCAUCUUGGUCCACUGAUCAGAAGGUUGGUGGUUUGAAUCCUGCUCUUGGGUCCAGGUGACAGACGAAUGCUGUUGUUGUGUCCUUGGACAAGACAAAAGGACUUAACCCCCUUCGCCCACACAGCCUGCGUAAACGGGUUUGUGAAUGUGUGAAUGAAUGGGUGGGUGGUUCCUUGAUGUAAAGCACAGGCAACGCUGUAGUAAGAGCUGCUUGGAAUUAGUAGUUGUAGUAGCUUUAAAGAAGUAUUAAAGCAGUAGAAGUGUCAUAGCAAAGCAGGCAACUUUUUCACUUGUCCCAAAAAUGUUGACAUCAUUUCGCAGGCUAAUAAUUUUGGCAGUUCUUGUUGAAAUAACUUCAAAUUUUCACAGAAUGUAUAGAAACAGAUCAAUAUUUUGUAUUUAAUCUUUUAUUUUUGUUCUGUUUUCAGGUUGAGCCGUUCACUCCCCAAGAGAAGUCAUAUUGCGUCUUGGAAUCUGCUCACAUGCACUCACCCAAGACUGUGCAGCUUCAAUGCAACAUUUGGAAAAACUUUACGAAUUGGCAAACAAAUUUGGACUUUGGUACCAAAAAUGUUAAGAGGAAAAGCUUAUGCGGGGCUAUAGGAUCUGGUACAUCAAACCAUCAUUCGAGGAAUCUGGGUUUCCAAACUUGUUCUCCUUACGGAUUUCUUUUGGCUUCACAAGAAUUUUUCAUGAACUUGCUCGAGCUUCUCUUCUGAUGUUGAUGAUGGUACCAGAUCCCUUCGUCUUGCAGCCCAUUUUUGGUACCAAGCCCAAAUUUGUUUGCCAGCUGGUGAAGUUUCUCUAAAUGUUGCAUUGAAGUCUGCACGGUCUUGGGUGAGUGUGUGCAACAGACUCCAAAAUGACUUCUUUUUGGGAGGUAACGGCUCAACCUGAAAACAGAACAAAAAUCUACAUCGUUUUCUAUACGAUAUUUUGUGAAAAUUUGAGGUUAUUUCAACAAGAAUUGCCAAAAUUAGUGGCCUGCGAAAUGAUGUCAGAUUUUUUGGGACACCCUGUAUAUUAGCACACAGUAAAAAUUUAAUAAUUAAAACGUAGUAUAAAGUAUUACACGUAAGCUGUAGUAACUUAGUUGUAUCUGUAGUUUUUUGGAUGUAAAUGUUGAGUUAAAGCUUGUGAGAAAGCAGAAGUAACUUGAAUAUGAAAGACAGAAUUAGCAAAACCACACACAGAAACACCUCCUUUAUCUCUCAUGUGGAUUUUGAUGAGUUUAUCGAUGAGUGUGGUUCUGCUUUCACAAGGGAAGACCAACACAAAGAUAGACAGAGUUUUGUUUGUAGCCACAGACCACAGCCUAAAGGAUAUGCAAAUGGACCUGUGCACCUGUUUGUUUAGUCAGUAUUUUGUAUCUGUUUGGUUUGUUUUGCAUUGAUACUUGCAGUGACAUUGCGCUGGGGGAGUUCUAUAUUUAUCUAUAUGACAGAACGUUUAUCAGUUACCAUGGUGCAACACACUGACAAAAACAGUCUGAAAACUCAAGAAAAAAUACAAAAUGUAUUUAAAGACAACAUUUUCAGGAGCCUGUGAUCAAUACGAGUGUUUAUGAACCUGUUUAGGAGUUUGAGUUUCAACAUAAAGGUUAGAUUGACUUUUUGCAAAACUCACCCAUUGUAGUUCCAUCUAAAAUCAGUUCUUUCUGGUCAAAUUAUGUUAAAACAAAGCUCAGAUUAAAGUCAAACUUGAGCUUCAGGCACACGAGAGCCUCCAGUUAGUUUCACAAACCUCAGGGAAUGUAGAUGGCAUCAGCUGCAAAGUAUCAAUAAAUAAAAUUAAAUCAAAUGAAUAAAAAGAACACACACACAGAGGUCAGGUGCUUGUACAGUAUGGACAUUAGAGCAGAGCAUAAGUGUAAAUGAGGCGUACAUACAAAGGAAUUAGUUGUUUGUUUUCCUGCUGGGGAUCCAGAGGGCAUCAGGGAGAAUCUCUCUUUUAAAAUGUGAUACGAGCUGCCAGUGAUACAUGUGACCGUCCUCAUCUGCCUGCUCGGAAAUUUUGGACAUAGGGCCUCAUUUUCUAGUGAGCCAGAGUGUUGAAGACGUGUGGAGAAACUUUUUUAAAUAUUAGAUCCAGUCCUUGUAUUUGCAGAGGUCGCUGGUGCUAGGCUAGUGCAUGUCAAUGGCCAUAGUUAGCCUGCCACUAAAAACAGUCUUACCCACUCCACAAAACACCCAAAACAAAUUUAUUAUUACACCAGACUGUCCAUGUGGAUGUCUGUGUUGAUUUUAUUUCAAACAUUAAUUCUAACUUUACAUUGCAUGAAUCGUUGCAUGCUGAGGGACUAUUUUCUCAUAUAUCAGUCCGCCACUGCCAAGCUCUGUCAGGAAAAACAACUCACUGCUGCUCUGAUAUAAAUCCUUCAAAUGCAAGGCUGGUUUUACUUCUAAAAUUAUUUGAUGCAGACAUUUACAUCGACAUCAUAUCUGGCAUUAUAAUAGAUUUUCUUCAGGUGUUUUGUGGAGUGGGUAAGGCUAACUAUGGCCAUUGACAUGCAGUAGCCUAGCACCAGCGACCUCUGCAAAUACAAGAUAUGGAUGGAUUAUUUUAAAAAGUGUCUCCACACGUCUCCAACACUCUGGCUCACUAGGAAAUGAGGUCUUAUGUCCAAAAUUCCAAACUGUCCCUUUAAGGUCUGCAGAAGAUACCUCAUCUGGUAUCUUCUACCUGCAUCUGUAUUAUGUUGUUUAUUUUUAAUAUGGAAGACGUAUUGUACUUUUGUCUGCAUAUAGUUAUAAUCUAUGACACCUGUGGAUCACUAUGUUAUAUUUUGGACAUUAUAAAGCCACAAUAUGUAACUGUUUUAGCCAAAAAAGUAAAGUAGAAAUAAAGAUCUGAACACGA